AUGGAAAUUGUUGCAAUUAGCUUUGGGAUUUUUGCAUGUCUCUUAGUUAAUGCACAAGCUGUCAAAGAGCCAGAUAUUGUCGAAUUGGCUAAAAUAGCUGAAGAUUCUUUUAAAAAUUCAUCCGUAAAUGUUUGUGAUGAAACAAAUACCAAUAAUUCGUUUAUUUAUUGUUACGGAAGGUUACUAGCAGCAGUGAAUGUUCACAAUUUAUUCCGAGAUUCAAAAUCUUUCGUGGAUAUGCCAAUGAAAUAUGAUCCUGAAGUAGUGCAAGCAGAAUUUGAUCGACGUUUUGGUGAAUAUGAAUUGCAUGCUAUUAAUCCUUCGGCAUUGAAAAAAUUCGUUGAUGAAUAUUUCGAACCAUCUGGAAACGAAUUGGAAGAAUGUGAAUUAUCAGAAUGGCAAGAACAUCCACCGAAGUUAAUGAAGAUUCAGGAUUCAUCGUUACGUGAUUGGGCAUUAAAACUUAAUGGAAUUUGGAAAUUGUUAUGUCGUAAAAUGAAACCAAAUGAGAAUCCGAAUCAAACUUCAUUAAUUCAUGUCCCCGAAGAAUUCGUUGUACCAGGUGGACGAUUCCGUGAAUUCUAUUAUUGGGAUGCGUAUUGGAUUGUGAAAGGUUUGGUUGCUUGUGGACUUCGGAAUACAAUCAAAAAAAUGAUUAUCAAUUUUAUAACUGUUGUGGAUAGGUAUGGAUUUGUUCCAAAUGGUGGUCGAAUCUAUUAUCUGGCGCGAUCGCAACCACCAUUGCUUAUCCCUAUGGUUUAUGAAUACUAUGAGCUAACACACGACAUUGCAUUCAUAAAUGAAAUUUUACCCACUCUCAUUAAAGAAUAUGAAUUUUGGCAAAAUAACAGGACUAUCAAUCUAUCGGAUAGCAGUGGUAACGCAGUGACGCUUUUCUAUUAUCAUACUAAAAGUAAUGUACCACGACCAGAAUCAUUCCGUGCAGAUAUCGUACACGCUUCGCGACUUCCAGCACAUGAGCGACCAAAAUUUUAUAUGGAUACAGCAUCAGCCGCAGAAUCUGGAUGGGAUUUUAGUUCUCGUUGGUUUAGAGAUAAUCGUAAUAUUGAAACGAUCGAAACAACUGAUAUUAUUCCAGUUGAUUUAAAUGCUUUUAUAUGUUGGAAUUUGGAUAUUUUGCAGUAUUUACUUAAACAUUCAGGAAAUUUUUUGAAAUCAAAAAUAUUUCGUGACAGACGAGAAACUCUUCGUCAUGCAAUGCUUCAAAUAUUCUACAAUAAUACCGAAGGUGCAUGGUUUGAUUUUAAUAUGCGAACCAAAUUACACAAUGUCAAUUUCUAUCCAUCAAUUGUGGUACCAUUAUUUGGUGAAUGUUAUCAACCAUUAAGUUUAUUCAAACCACAAAAAGUCGUCGAAUAUAUGGAUAAAAUGGGAGCAUUCGAUUAUCCAGGUGGUGUACCAACAAGUCUCAUUAAAGAUGCUAAUCAGCAAUGGGAUUUUCCAAAUGGUUGGGGUCCAAUAAAUCAUAUGGUUAUUGAGGGAAUGAGAAAAUCGAAGAAUCCUAUGGUGCAAGAACAGGCAUAUCGUUUGGCGAAAAAAUGGGUUAUGGGUAAUUACAAAGUAUUUCAGCAAACAAAUCACAUGUGGGAAAAGUAUGAUGUCAAUGGAAGUGUACCACAACCAGGUAGAGGUGGCGAAUAUCUUGUCCAGGAUGGCUUUGGGUGGACCAAUGGUGUUAUUUUAGAUCUAUUGACAACAUAUUAUGAUAGAAUGCGCAUCGAACAAGGCAAUGGAGGUUCGACAUCUACCAAACGAAUGAGCUUUGAAUUCAUCAUAUCUCUUAUAUCGAUAAUUAUCUCGAUAUUUUACAUGAUGCAUUGA